AUGAUCGUCUGAAAUUCAGCUUUCUUCAAAAAAAAUUUUUCGAUAAUUUUAUACAUUUUUUUUUCGAGAAUGGAUUUAUUAGAAAAGAAACAUUUUUUUUUUAGCAAAAAUUUAGUACAUUUUAAAAAUUUAGUAACAUUUGAUUUUCCGAAAAUUCUUCUAGAAAACAUGCCUUAAUUCAGAAAAAAAAUUAUGAAAUUAUACUUCUAAAACAAACUUUUGAAUUCUAAUCUUACUAAUCGAAGUGAUUUUCAGGUAAUCUGCGAUGAUCUGGAAAUUCGAAACGUCGACAGUUUUGGCCGAAAAAAGCGAGAAAUAUCGAUCGAAAAAUGGUUGCAAAAUGGAAAAGAAAAACGAAAAAAUCGCAAGAAAAUCGUUGCCGGAACAUUGACGAUUCUCGAUAAAAAUGAGAUGGAAAUCACGACAAUAAAACGGCAAAAAUUGGUCAAUUCCAAAUCAGGUUAUUUUUUCAUGGGGAAAGAAUUCAAGGAAAAAAUGACCGGAAAAAUUGUAUAAUUUAUAAUGUUCUUCUUUUUUGUUUUUGGUUUAGUUGUUGACAGCUGAAAGGGAUUUGUACCUCCCAAAAGGCUGUUUAGCAAAAAUAAGAAACCAAAAAAAGGGGGAAACGAAUAAGAAGGAAAAAAGAAGAACAAGUAUUCUAACUCAUCACUCAUUUUUUUUUGUUUUCGACACAUUUUGAGAGAGAAAAACAUGCAUAUAUUAAUUGGGAAACUAGGAUUUCUGGGAUAAUAUUUUUUCUAGAGAAUAUUUGUAGAAUUUUUGUUGAAAUAAACAUAGCUGAAAAUGAUUAGGUUUACUGUAUGCUGAGAAGUCGGUACAAUUUUUGUGAAAAUUUUUCAACAUUUUCAGUGCAUCCACAAAAUCCAACAUUUUUUCCAGAAUACUCAACAUCUUCGCAAAAAUUCUGUGUCCAAAAACAGCAUUUAGAAAUAGUUGUCAUAAUUGGUGUUCUCAUUAUUCUUUCUCAAAUUGCAUUUAUCGUAACCUGCUAUAAACGGCUCAAAAAAUCGUCUUCAAAUUAUCAAGAAAAUGAUCGUGAAGGAAGUUUAUAUUCGGAAUCGACAAAUUCAUCGAAAUAUAAUACUGUUAGAACACCUCCCCCCAGAUUACAUCAUUUUAGAUAA